AUGGCGCAAAACGCCGUGGGAAGGCUCUUCCGCAGCCAGAAUUCCACUACUCUGCGUCAAUCCAUCGGGUCGCUCACACAGACGCGCAAUGCUUCGAGAAAUGCCAUCCCUACCUUCCAACAAACCUCGUCCCCGGAGCUGGACCAAGCCCUCACCCGGUUCCGCGAAGAGCUCUUCAUACCCUUCGGUCUAGGCCAGGACCAACGACGUCUCAUGUUUCGGCAGAAAUACGCUGACCGACUGGAGCAAGAGCCAGUGACGGCCAACAUAAGCGAGGACGAAGACUUCCUCCUGCGCCCGAUGGACCCGCAAUCACGACCGACGCUCAAAGAAGCCGCGGAGGUAAUCAGCCUGAUGCAGAGCAAGGAGGAUUGGAAGAACCUGGUGCCGUUCCUGUCGGGACUUCAGAUGGCCAAGCGGCAUUUGAAGCCUAGCCGGAUGGAGUGGCUUGUGCGGAAGGCGGGCGAACACAAUGCGCUGAACUUUGUGGUGGAGUGCGCGAAGCAGGCGGACAGGACGGGCGUGAAGCUGAAUGAGGUCGGGAUUGUGCAGCGGUUGUUCUUUGAGCUGCAUCGCAAGGCUCAGAAGGCGGAGUUCCAGGGUCAGGAGGUUACGAAGGCUCUCAAUAUGGCGACGCAGUUGGUUGGGUUGAUGGAGCGGCCGGCACAUGCUCAGCAUGAUUUGAUGGCUGAUCCGAAGAGGAAGCCGUUUGUGUCUGGCACACUGUUGGAAUUGAGUGCUGCUAGGGCGCUGAGUGAGUUCGAGGGUAAGGAUCAGGGUGGUCUGGUGCGCAUCUACAGUAGUCGGGUGCUGGGGUGCUGGAAGAUGGGUAACUUUGCUAGUGAUGUUCAGGAUUGGCGCGCUGUGGAUAAGAUGCUGCAGGAGAAUGUGCCGAUCUAUAACGGUAUGAAGCUUGCGCUGAAGGUGCAGGGCAUUGCCAAUGACAAGGCUGUUGCUCCUGGCUUGAAGAACCGCCUCAACGAGCUGGGUCAGUGGAUCGCCAAGCAGAAGAAGAGCGCUCCUGAGGAGAUUCAGAAGAACCCUUCGCUGGGUCUGGCGCAGGCUCAGCUCUUGCAUGAGAACUAG